CGGCUAGGGCUGGGUACAUAGGAGGUAGUUAAAUUAUUCCUUCUCCGCUUACAUGUGCCGGACCAAGAAUUACUAGUAGAGCAUGCUUGUCAGCACCUCGUUCCUGAAUUCUAUCGGCUACCGACGCAGAUCCUAUAUCUCGCUUGCACUAUUCAACUACAGAUAGGCAGCGAUGUCGGCCGAGCCAGGCCAACUGACAGAUGAGCGGCGCAGCUUUCGAGCCCAUGGAAAUCCAUAUCAGGGCUAUCAAGAAAAGAGGAGACGUGACGCGCUUUCCCGGCAAAAGGCAGCGCGAUUGCAUAGCGCAAAACGCGCGCGGACUUUGGCUCUUGAGCAGGAGGAAGAGGAGGAUGGAGGGAAGGAGUCGCAAUCAUGCGUGCAAGACGGCAGCGGUUCCAUGGAGGACUCCUUCGCUGGGGAUGCCGCGGCAGACGCAGAGAUGGAAGCCACCUCGCAAGUCGUUGCUGCUAGCGGCGUUCAGGAAAAAGGAAGGAGUGGAUCUAAGUCUGGUGGACGGCGGCAGCAACAGCGGCAACGGCAGCAGCGUGCUGGGACGGGCGGUGUUCGAUCGUACGGCCUUCAGUAUGGCAACGAGCUGAUGCAACCGGAAUGGUUGACCGAUGUGCCAACCGACUUGGCUAGCAACUGGAUGGUGAUGCCCCGACCGGAGGGCAUGCGCUGCUUGCUGGUGACCUCCAGGGGCCGCACCGUCAGCUGGCUGCGCAACGGCGCGCCGCUGCACCGCUUCCCCUCGGCGUUGCCCGGGGGCUCACCCGCCACCUCGGGGGGUUGCGGUGCGGCGGCUGCGGGGGCGGCGGGGCCAGCAAGCGGGGACUACUGCAUCCUGGACUGCAUCUUUCACCCGCCCAACAACACGUACUACAUACAGGACUUGCUGUGUUGGCGGGGAUAUGCGCUGUACGACUGUGCUGCGGAGUUCCGGGCCUUUUGGCUGGCUAGCAAGUUGCAGGAGGAGGGGCUUACAGAGCAGGUUUCCGUACAGCAACCGCCUCCUCAGCCCUCACCGUUGCAUGCUUCGGAACAUCAGGUGCAGCAACAGCAGCCGGGACUGAGCAGCACUGGAGAGGCAGGUGGCGGCGGUGGCGGUGGCCAAGGGCCAGAGGGGGGCGAUGUGGAUAUGACGGCGGGCCAGGCAGGUUCCUCAGUACGGCAACCCGGGCAGGCGCGUCAGGAGGCACCUGUGUCGUACAGGAUUGUCCCUCUACCCGUCUGGCCAUGCACGCUUGAAGGCCUGCGGGCAGCGUACGGCAGCUGUGAUGCUGCCCAAAGCGGCAGCACUGCUGCAGCCAGUGACCCAUGGGUCUCCGCCGCCGAGACCACCGGCCCGGCUCCCGCUGCGGUUGCUUCCUGCACCACCGUAGCUGGCGUGCCACAUGCGGCGGACGUGGACUUCCUGCGUGACGGGCUGUACCUGCUGCACAGGCAGGGGCACUACACGCCCGGGCCGGCACCCACUCCCCUGGCACUGUUGUGGAAGGACUUGGGUUGCAGCAGGUACCUGGUUGACACGGACGCCCAGGGCGCCCCCCUGGCGCACCAGCUGGUGUCGCUCACCUACCGCGCCGACCGCACAGUGGCCACCGAGGACGAGCCGCCGGUGGUGCUGGGCCGCCUGCCCGAGGCGUUCGUGGCGGCCAUGGGCGACAAGCUGCGGCCCGGCCGCCUGCUGCGCUUCUCCAUUCGCCAGGGCGGCAUCACCUUCCACGAGGGCCGCCCGGUGGGGGCCGACCUGCACUACGAGGGGCCCGCCAACCAGCGCCGGGGCCGCGCGGACACCUUCUCCAAGAUUCUGUUCCAGCGGAUGGCACGUACGGCACCCAUCACGGCGGCGGCGCUGGCGGCGGCUGUGGCGGCGGAUGCUGGGGUGAUGGCGGAGGCGGCUGCAGCAGCGGGGGCUGGGAGCGGGGCUGGCGCUCUGGGAGCGGCGAGUGAUACGGUGAUGGGGUGAAAACAUGGAUGCCUAGGGAAGCACCUGGGGUGAGGAAAUCUGAGGAGGAUGGUGAGGGAAGGAAGGAAUGGUUUUAAGUGUUUGCUGCGUAUGGCAUGUCGAAUGGGAACGUGUUCCUGGAAGGCUCAUGAACCCCGCCGGUCGUCGUUUGCCCUGCACUGCGGGAAGAGAUUUGUCAACAGGAGAGCUUCGCCAUUGCGCGUUUGUAUCAU